GCGGCCCGGGUGCACGUCCUGCGUCUGAAUUCCCUCAUCUAUACCAUAACCUCGUUAGCCGUGACGUAAACCACGACUACAUACUUAUAGUGAACACAGACGGACGUCGCGAAGCGCGUAGCUGCACCGACCGGUACCAGUGCUACGGAACAGUACCAGUGCUACGACAGAUAACCUUGCUCGCUGCAUUUAUUAUUCAGUGACUGCGCUAAGCUUUAGCAAGGAUGGCGCCCUUUACAGGUAAACAUGAGGAUCGACCAAGGAAUUGACAACGGGAAUGUGGCAGCCAUCAAUCCUUAUGAUAAUGUACCACACGUUAACAUAAACAAUCGAAGUUGGCAUUUAUCUAAUAAUAUCCAGUCUAAUAAUCAAUAUCAAAGCCAUAAUUUGCAAUAUAAUCUCAACUCUAACUACAACCACCAAGAAACGCUAGACAGUCACGGAGUUUUUGAAAAUAACACUGCAACUUCUGAGUCAACUAACAUUAUAGAUAGUGACUCUCAUGUAAAAGAAGUGUGUAAUCGGCAAUACAGAAUAUACUCCCAAAACAACUUAAACGUAAACACUAGCAACAAUAUUCAAACAGCCAAUCUGGCGGGAAGUGUUGUUAGUACUAACAUCCACAGAGAAAUAUUUAAAGAAGACUCUAAUGAAUAUUCCAAUACAUCACCCAUUGAAGAAGACAGGGCGUUUGAGCACUCUGACACAGAUGAGAUGUCUGAAAACGGUAUACAAGCUUUACCACGAGGCAUUGUAAAUCCAAACUACCCUGGUUUCCAACACUUGGCGCACACUUUGCAGGAUUAUUCUUCAACCAUAGAAAAUUUUUACCACUCGGAAAAUGAAAUGACUGACGAUGAUGUAGAUAUAGAAAUAACAGAAUUAGCAUAUGAAAAUGAACCCAUUCAAAACAACACUUUAUUAGAGAAUACAAAUAUUAAUAACAACAAUAAUAAUGAAAAUUCAAUAGUUUGUUCAGAUUUUCAGACGUCUGAGAAUGACUUGUUAGCAAACACAUUAUUAGAUAGUCACAAAACUAAUGAUAUUCCAGAUAUUAUAAAAACUAUAUCUCAAAAUAAUAAUAAUAUUAACUCAAUCAACUGUGACUUUAAUUGUACAGACACAGAUAUAGAAAACAAUUUUGAUACAAAAGAUAUAAUAGGCGAUUUCAAUAAAGAGAUUGAAGAUGAAAUAAAACAAUUGCUUAAUUAUAACAUCAAUAUUCAAGACGACUUAGAAGAAUUAAGAAAAGAUAUUAAAGAUACGUUUGCGAAGCCUAUAGAAAAUACCAUUAAUAAUAUAAGUGAAGUGGUUAAUCACGUAAUAAAGAAAUUAGUUGAAACUAAUAGUUCCGAACAAGUAGAUGAUUGUACAGAUAAUUAUGGGAAUGAAAGUGCUUAUGACAAGGAAAGAGAUGAUGUAGAUAAAGAUAAUGAAACAAACACAAGAACAGAAAUGAAUCUCAGUAGGCCUACAUUUUUACUAAUUGAAAAUACCAACACUAAUAUUGUAGAUGCUCACUUAUCAGAUGGUAAAGAUGAAAUCUCUAUUGAUGAAAAAGAGUAUGACACCGAUAAGCUAAGCAAUGACGUUGAGAAAACAAUUAAGCAACUAAGUACAGAAUUGAGAAAGAUAAUUCCAAAACUGGAUGAAAUGCGAGAAAGGGAUAAAUUAUGGGGUAUAACUAACACGGAUACAAGGUCUAUAGUCACAGAUGGAAACUCCAACGAAGUAGCUUCUUCUUCGUGUCAUUUGGUUAACUCAAGGGAAACCAACUCUGAAAUUAAUAUAACUGUUCACAAUAGAGACGAUGAUUACAUUAAAUGCAGGAGUCCAUUGAAACCAAAAAGCGAAUCAAGAGCAUCGAGAGAACGUCAAAAGGAAAUAAUCUCACCUAGGGAAAGUGCACGAACCGCUCAAAACAAAAUAUCCGUCCGUAAUAACAGUGCUAAGGAAUGUGAUCUAGGAAGUUUUGAUGUGUACAAUAUAGAAACUGCAUUACCCAAAUUAGAUUUGGAUGCAAUUGAAAAUCACAUAAGAGCGGCUAAAGAAGCAGAAAGACGAAAACGCAAUGAUCGAGAGGAAAUUAGAAGAAGAUUGGCAAUGGGUGUUGAUAGUGAGGAAUAUUAUAGUAUGGGCCACACAGAUCGCCCAGGGAAGAAACCUAGCUUACAUUCCCGGUUACAAAAUGGGAUGAAUCUACAAAUUUGUUUCAUGAAUGAGACAGCAUCAGACAAUGAGUCUCAAACGUCAGACGUAGAGAAAAAUUCAAACUAUAAUAGCAAAAGUUCAUCCCGAUCAAGUCUUAUCAGCAAAUCCAGCUAUAAUCAUCCUUACCAAACAAGACCAUUAUCAGUAAAUAUCACAAAACAAGACAAAAUUAGCACUGUUCAAAGUGGUGCAAAACUGCGACCCACAUCUUUAUCAAUGCAAAAAAAGUCCCGAUCUUCACAUUCGUUGGGUCACAUUGAGCUAAAGGAGUCAGAUUUUUACGCUCUACAAGCAACACUACAGACAGAAGCCAGAAUUGCAUUAGCACAAGCUAAAGAAAUGGCCCGCAUACAGAUGGAGCGCGAGCGCCGCAGCCGGGCCGUGUCGCCGGUGACGGAGAUGCUGCGCCGGAGCAUGGAGAAGGCCAGCGCGCCGCUCGCGCCCGACCGCCGCCGCGUGUCGCGGCAGCUGCUCACCGACAUGAACAUCGCACAGUUACAGGUAUGUUUUAAUACUAAAGCCCGGUCUUCAAUUGAAUUGCUUAACCGACUUCUAAUUAAAUAUCUGAUGGCGCGCGACGAGCUGCACAUGGGCCAGGACUCCAUGCUCGUGGACAUCGAGGACCUCACCAGAUACUUGGGCGUUAAGGAGCAGUCUAAGAAGACCAAAGGAUCCACAAAGUCCGGAAUGAGAAGGCUCACGUCCCUGGUGCACAAAUAAGUACACAAUGUUUAAUGUUAGAUUUAUUACGGCAAUUUGUUCUAAUUUUAAGUACUGACUGAAUGGUUGCUAUAAAUUUUUAACAUUGUACAGUACAACCACAUCAGAAAAGACCAGUGAAAACCUAUGAUGAGCCUGUGCUUCUAUUUUUUAAGAUAAAUGUCGUACUGUAAAAUGUUCUUAAAGAAAUAUAGCAGCUAUACACGUCAUCCUAUAUAGUACAUGCAAAGCGGCGUAUGUAUGUUUAGGUACGGUGAAAUAUGGUAUUCGAUUAAAGUGGGAUCCAACAUUAUGUACUUUGUAUAAACGAUAAUUUUAAAUAUUGUAUGUCAGAUAUACUAUUCAGUGACAGAUAUUACUAAAUUGAAUUUGUAGACUGUAUCACUACUAUUUAUUCGCCUAAAAUAGGUUGCUUUAAAAACAUAAUAUAAUCCGAACAGAUUUUCAUGCAAAUCUUAACAAUCUUCGAGGCUACAGUUUGCAUGAAAACUUUCUUGACGUAUACUGGAUUUUAAUGUAAUUAUAUAAACCCUACAUUUUACUGUAAUUACAUAAACCCUACAUUUUACUGUUUCUAAAUGUUACCUACAUAUUAUAUUACGUAUAAGGUUUCUCCUACUCGUAAUCUUAAUGUUAUUCCGUCACAGUUUCAUGUCUAUAUCUAAAAUUGCGUAUAUCGUUGUAUACAUUUUGAAAUACAUAUAUAUUCACAUAUAUUAUGUCCGCUUUAAAAUAGAUACUAGCCCACCUAGAGAUAUUAAAUAUUUUGUGAUUAUUCGCAGAUUAGAAGAAAUAUUUUUUCAAUAUAGUGCUCAUUGUUAUAAAUUGCCGGAGGUUUGGUUUCGUCUGUUGAAACAAAAAGCAAUUUAAAGUUCUCAUAUUAUGUAAUCGUGACACGUAUGUAAUAUGUGUACUAAUAUAAUCGUGAUAUUUCGUAUAUUUACUAUUAAUAACAAAUUCUUAACCUAACAUUUCAUAUCGUGCCACUUAGUAAUUAGGGUAAAUGAUUUAGUUAUCGCCCAGCAUAAUUCUGAUUGAACUCUUUUUUUUUCAGUCCUAUGAAAAGAAUUAAAUGGAAUUUUACCCAGUUACAUGCCGUGAUAAGGAUAGGUAGCAACAUUCUUCUGAUUUCUUUCAUAGGGAGUUUAUCACCGUAUACUGGACAAAAACUCCAAAAUUUACCCUACAUAGACAAAGUAACACCAAUGCGUAUUGGAAAGACUUAAGAAUCUUAUGACCGUAUGCUACAUACUUAGAUAGACAUCAAUUUUAUCUCUUAUGAAAUUAUAUCUCGUGCUAAUCAAUCUAGGUGCGCGUUUGCAUAGGUAGUGAAUAGAUAUACGGUUUAAUUUAGUAGAGUUCACAGGCGAAUUCAAACCUACCGGCGAUAUGUAGUAUAUUCACUUAUAUUAGGUAGGCAUGUAGUGAUGCACAUGCCUAAAUCUUACUAUUACAAGAGGCUUGUUCUUUAAAAAUGUAGAUCGUAAAGACGAUGAAUGGCGUCGAAUUGCAACAUCUAACAGAUUUACAAGUUACUAAGUUCUAAUCAUUCUAUUCUCAGACCUACUUAAUACACAAAAUUUCAUAAGAAUCGGUCAAGCCGUUUCGAGCAGUUUUAUUACAAACACUGGCACGAAAAUUUUAUAACAUUAGAUCAGCUCAUUAAACCUCCACGCUUAAUUAAAAAGUACAUUUACUGUACUUGUGCAAUCUGAUAUACUGCGUGUUCAAAACAAUGAAGGAAUAAAAUAAAAUCUAUCUAUAUCGUCAUCGACUCUCACAAAACGAAUGCGAAUAUAAAAUAGCAGCUGCAUAAAAAGUGGUCGAAUGAAUAUUUUUACUUGCGUUCCCAACAUUUACCACAUUUGGUAGCUUGAUCCUGAUUUACAAAGUUAAUGGGUCCGUGAAACUUUACCAGUUUUUACUGCGGACUUUUUCUGUAGAUGGCUUUUGUUUUAAACCCCCUUAAAAUCCGAUACGCAAUCAGAGUUACCUGUGGAUAUCUAAAAUCACAAUGAACUGUUUCGAAUAGACAGUUAACUAUCACAGAAAAGCACUACAGACUUUAAUUGAAGAGAAAAAUAUCUUCGUACGAAAACCUAAGACUAAGUAACUUAUAAAUCUGUUAAUCUGUGUUGCAGUUUGAGUAAAAUGCAUAGGCAAUAAAACUGCUGAUGAUAUACUUUUUCUAUCACGUUGUUACCCGUUAUUUUGGAUCUGUAGUCUCGUGGCGUUUGCGCAGGCCUAACACUUUGUUCAGCUUUAUAGGACAUUGAUUAAUCAAACUUUUUCCCAGUAGUUCCCAGUGAUUCUUCGUUAAAUUAAAAUAGUAACCAGCUCAAGUUGAAUAUUUGAAACUAGGAAAAUAUAAAAUAAUACGACUUUGUAGUAACAUAAUAAUUACCUCAUUCUAAAAAUCUCGACGCCUCUCCUAGUGCUCUUAAAAGACGCCUGUGCAAAGCCCAAUUAAUAGUUGUUAAUUAGACCAAUAUACAUAGGAUAAUUUUACGUUAUAUUUUUUCCUGAUAGUUUAUGACGUUUUUCGUUAUUCAUAAAUUGCAUUCCCAAUCGAUAACAUAACUCGAUGUAUUUCAAAAAAUCUAAAACUGCAGCAUGAUAAGUUAAUUUUAUUAUAUUAUUUAAAUAUACAUACAAGCGUUCUCCCAACCGAAUUUAUUUAGGUUUAUAUUCCAUACAUUAAUUAGUUAUUUUAAACGAUGUUCUUUAUGUACUGUUUUACUUGUUUGUAUGUAUAUAAAGUUAAACAAUUCCAGAUCUCUUAGUUUUUUCUACUUGAUAUUAUAUGAUAUUUCUCGGAGUUCCUUAAACUUACUGAAAUUUAAAUUUAUGUACAUCCUUAGGUUGUUGUUAAUUUAGUUUGCUAGAUUGAUUCAAUGUGUAGUUACCUUUCUUGUGUGUUACUUUAGUGGGAUUAAUUAGUUCUUUGCUCCCAAAUUAUUUUCUAUCUAAGAAUAUGUAUUAGCUUUUUCUUUAUUAAUUUGAUUACCCUUUGCCUACUUGUUGGAAUUUAUUUUAACAUCAUUAUGUUUCAUUUCGGUUAAAUAUUCGUCCCUCUAUCUUUAUAACAUGGGAGCAAAUAAUAACUGUAUAAUAAAAAAAAA